AGACGCUGUAAUAUCACUUUCAAUUCAUCCUACACAAUCAGCUCAGAAGACCUCAAUAGGGAGUGUUUUGCUGUCAUCUUUACAGAAGAACCAGGCCUAAAUACGGCCAAAUCUGUAUAGUAACAGAAAAGACAAGUUUUGAAACAGGCAACAAUGUCUCGCUACGGAGGCGGUCGUGACGGUGGUGGUCGUGAUGGUGGCGGUCGUGACGGUGGUGGCGGUGGUAGGUCUGCAGCAGAGAGAGGAUGCAAAGUGUAUGUAGGAAACCUCGGAGAAAGUGCCAGCAAGUCUGAACUGGAAAAGGAAUUUGGUCGCUUUGGACCCCUUAAGAGUGUGUGGAUUGCUAGGAAUCCUGCUGGCUUUGCGUUCGUUGAGUAUGAAGAUCCCAGAGAUGCAUCAGAUGCAGUAAAGGACAUGGAUUCAAGUACCAUCUGUGGACAGAGAGCUCGUGUGGAACUGUCAAGUGGAGAUUCAAGAAGGCGAGGCUUCCGUGGUGGUGGAGGUGGUGGUGGAGGUAGUUUCCGAGGGGGUCGUGGUCCCCCAAGGGGUGACAGCAAGUGCUAUGAGUGCGGCGAAACUGGUCAUUUUGCCCGGGACUGCCAUCGCAAGCGUAGCAGUGGUGGGGGUGGAGGUCGCCGUAGAAGUUAUUCCAGGUCCCGAUCUCGCUCACCUGCUCCCAGACGAGGUGGAUACAGUCGAAGCAGGAGUAGGAGCAGGAGUCGUUAAGAUGCAGACCCGGUACCAAGAUCAACACAUCCUGUGCUUUUAUAUGUAAUGUAAGUUGUCGGGUUAAAUCAGGUUCAAUCUCUUCUAACCCGUUUGUGUAUGCAGCAGUCAUCAGACAAAGUAACAAACCAUCUUUACAUAUACUUUACACAGCACGGUGUCAAUGUUAUGAGAUGGAACUGUAGAGUACUUCACACAUGCUAAGUUGGGCUGACCUUCAUGUAGGUUUUUUCACUUUUGGUGAUAAUUUUAAGACUUGUAGCUGAUUUACAUAAUGUUUUCUUUUUAAGGUGAAGUAUUUUGUACUUUAUUAUUUAUUACAUGUCAAUGUCAUUUUAAUAUUUAAUAUUCUGCUUGUAAGUCACUGUAUUCAUUCUAAGAUUGAGUUAUAGGAGGCUUUAAUAGAAACAGCUGUAUCCCCCCCCCCCUUCCUCCUUCCCUUGUUACUUACCUCCAUAUUCAUAUAAUGAUAUAGAAUUGAUAAAACAUUAAACACUUUUAUGUGGCAGGUAUAGAUAAGCUAUGUUACUGUAUUUUUUUAGAAAUUGAAAGUGUGUACUGUGAAAUAUGUACAUUACAAGCCACAAAAGCCAUGAAUGAAAAAAACUAGUGUAAUAUCUUUUUGAAGUAGAAGAACACAAGACGAACAUCCAGUAAAUUAGAUGAAAAAUUAAAUUUGGAGAGAAGUUGAAGUUUUUUUUAACUUGGAGGAUCUCUUGAGUGUCUCAGCAGGAAGUCAAAUAUUAGGAUUUUUUUUUAAACCAUGGGACCAAGCCGCUCGUAUAUACAGUGCAGUGAUACUUGCUUAUUGCUAGGUACUUUGAUUCACCUUAUACCUUAGCUAUAUUUCUCACUUUAUUUAAUUCAGUUGUUUUUCAAAAAUUGUGUAUAAUUGGAGCAGUUUGUACAUCCCCAUUUUGUUUUUUGUGAUAUCAACUCAUUCCAAAAUACAGCUAAUGAAUCAUUAAGUUUGUAAACAAAAAUUUGUAAGAUUUUGAUUCUAUAGAUAAAAACAAUAGUCAUCUUCAAAGAUCUGCAAUGCAAGUAUUGUGUCAUAUCAUAUGAAUUAGGAAACCUGUAUAUCUGUAGUAUUGAUGUAAAUACAUUGGUAUCACGUACAUGUACAUGUAUCGACUUAUUCCUAAUGGUCUGUAUUUUACUAAUUCAGAGUUAAACCCGACCUCCGGCAAACUUCCUUUGUUGAACCUAAUUCUUGGACAAAAGCUAAACUCAGUGUCAGGUUAAAGUUAAAGUAGAAUAUGUGCAAGUGUGAUUUAUUUUGUACCAUAAGAACUGAAGGGCAUCCGAUUUCAAUUAUCAUCAUUUAUUCUCUAUCUUUUUUAGUACAAUUUUGUAAGGUGAAAAUGUAAAGAUGUGGUCGAUUAGUGUUGUUUGUACUUUCAAUGGUAGGUCAAUUUUUUGUAAUGUUACUUAAGAAUCAAUAAAUGACAGGAUUAUUGCUGUCUCAUUACAUACAAAA